CUUAACAAGGACAUUCAUAAAAUUAACACCAAAAACGCGAAAAACAAACGCAUUAAUGCAUAUAAAACGAUCAAUCGAUAAUUCGUGACAACCCUAUCAGGAUUGUGCUAUAGAACCUCAUUUAAAAAACUGUUAUGUGGAGAAAGGAGUGCGCAAUGCACCCAGCCAGCAGGUGACCCUGCCGCCGCCACCCGCGGACCAUGUCAUGGGAUUCAUUAGAGUCCCGAGACUUUCUUGGCGGGGCGCCAGCUCAUCAGCUGUCAGCAUCGAGGCUGAUCAGCUCGCCAGAUCCUCAACGACACCGUCUCGAUGACCCGCCAGGUGACGAAAUUAAACUUUACUCGUUCUCUGAGGAAUACCCGACAGAGGGCGGGCGAUGGGGCGCGCGCUUCGGGCCCGCGCAUCGCCCCGCGCCCGGCUGGCUCGAGUGCUUCCGUGUUGUGAGCUCUAGGAUCGACCAGUAUCUGGCUAGGAGGAAGAUUGAGCGUGGAGUGCGUCUAUACAGUCAGAAUGAACAACGCCAAGCGGUUAAAAUAUGGCUGUCUGCGUUGCGUGGUGUACGGCAUCGGAGUGAUAAGUUUGCGUUGUUGGGGCAUUUGUACCAGGCUUUUAUGGAUUUUGGGAAGUAUCGAGAAUCGUUAGAAUUCGCAAACCGUCAACUAGGCAUAUCAGAAGAACUUGACUCGGCUCCUAUGAGAGCUGAGUCCUAUUUGAAUCUAGCAAGAGCACAUCAGACUUUAGGAGGAUUAGACAGAGCGCUAUCAUACGCCCGCCACGCGUUAUACAACGACUGCGGCGGCGGCUCUACGGCCGGCUGCGUGCAGCUCACCGUCGCGAGCGUUAGCCUCGAACUGGGCGCGUUCUCUAAAGCGAUGGACAGCUUCCAGAAAGCGCUCGCUGUGGCGCAGGCGCAGAAUGAUAAUACGCUGCUGUUGCAGGUAUACGUAGGCCUCUCGGAACUAUGGCGUCGUCUCCGCGAUACAGAACGUGCGGUCGCUUGUGCAGCGCGCGCGUGUGACCUCGGCCGCGGUCCGCGAUCGACUGACCUGAAUACACGACAUCAUAGGAUCGCGCUAUUGCAAAUGGCGGCCGCUUUACGUGCUAGAGGGGAACUGGGGGAUGCGUAUGAUUAUUGCAAUGAAGCGUUACGUUUAUCAACCGUGGCCGGUGAUCAAGGAAGCUUCGCCCGCGCAGUUCGAAUAGCUGGUGAUGUGUAUCGACGGAAAUGUGACUUUAAUAAAGCUUUAAGACAUUACGAAGUAGCAAUGGGCGCGGGUCAAUCGUUAGGAGAUCGUUUAGCGCAAAUGGAGGCCAUGGACGGAGCGGCACGUUGUCUUGAAGCGCUAAGGGUUCAAGGGAGGAUCUGUAACUGUAGACCUUUGGAGUUUAAUACGAGAUUACUAGAGGUGGCGACUUCUGUAGGGUCUAAGAUGCUAGUCCGCCGCGUGCGGCUCCGUCUAGCGGACAUAUACACAGCGCUGGGCGACAACAGCGCGGCGGCCCGGCAGCGCGCGGCGGCCGCCGCGUGGGCCGCGCCCGCGUGCGCCAAGUGCCGCGAGCCGCUCGCCGACCGCGCCGAGCCGCUCGCCUCGCUGCCCUGCGCGCACAUCGCGCACCACGCCUGCAUGCCCGAGUCGUGGUCGCGUCGCUCGACGCAGCGCGCGGGCGGGUGCGCGGAGUGCGCGUCGCCCCGCGCGCCGCGCGCCCCGCCCCCCGCGCCGCCCGCACCGCCCGCACCCAGACACGCGCCACAUCAGGAUUUCCCAUUCGGCUCCCCCCCUCCCCUACGGGACCCAGACAUAAAUUCCGUGAGAUCAGACCAAAGCAGUCAAGAAGAAAGCGUCUAAA